UCGCCCCGCCCCGUGGGGCGCCUGCUCGACGCGCAUGCGCGCUCAGGGCCCCGCCCUCCGGCCCGUCUCUGUCUCCAGGUCUCUCCAUCUCCAUCAUCUCUCCAUCCUCUCUUCUCUGCAUCUCUCUCUCCCCUUCUCUGUCUUUGCAUCCUGGGCUGUGACCCUAGCCCCCCCUUGAGCUCCCCAAACCCCCUCCCCGAGCGUCCCCGGGGCCAUGACGAAGACGGACGCCGCAGCGCUGCCCCCGGAGGAGGAAGAGGAGGAGGAGGAGGAGGAGGAAGAGGAGCCCCUGCCAGAAGCUCCCAGCCCCAUCCCGGAGCGCAGGCAGAAGCCAGUGGUGCACCCCUCAGCCCCAGCCCCGCUUCCCAAGGACUAUGCCUUCACUUUCUUUGACCCCAAUGACCCAGCCUGUCAGGAGAUUCUGCUGGACCCUCGCACGACUAUCCCCGAGCUCUUCGCCAUCAUCCGCCAGUGGGUGCCCCAAGUUCAGCACAAGAUCGAUGUCAUCGGCAAUGAGAUCCUACGCCGCGGAUGUCACGUGAAUGACCGCGAUGGGCUCACCGACAUGACUCUGCUGCACUAUGCCUGCAAAGCUGGGGCCCACGGCGUUGGGGACCCCGUGGCCGCCGUGCGCCUGUCGCAGCAGCUGCUGGCCCUGGGCGGGGACGUGACCCUGAGGAGCCGCUGGACCAACAUGAACGCGCUCCAUUACGCGGCAUAUUUUGACGUCCCCGACCUCAUCCGAGUGCUGCUCAAGGGGGCCCGGCCCCGAGUGGUGAACUCGACCUGCAGCGACUUCAAUCACGGCUCCGCACUCCACAUCGCCGCCUCCAACCUGUGCCUGGGGGCUGCCCGCUGCCUCUUGGAGCACGGGGCCAACCCUGCUCUGCGGAACCGCAAGGGGCAGGUCCCGGCGGAGGUUGUCCCAGACCCCAUGGACAUGUCCCUGGACAAGGCAGAGGCUGCCCUGGUGGCCAAGGAGCUGAGGACGCUGCUGGAGGAGGCGGUGCCCCUGUCCUGCGCCCUCCCCAAGGUCACGCUGCCCAACUACGACAACGUCCCGGGCAACCUCAUGCUCAGCGCCCUGGGCCUCCGGCUGGGAGACCGCGUCCUGCUGGACGGCCAGAAGGCAGGGACGCUGCGUUUCUGUGGGACCACUGAGUUCGCCAGUGGCCAGUGGGUAGGCGUGGAGCUGGACGAGCCCGAGGGCAAGAAUGAUGGCAGCGUGGGGGGUGUCCGAUACUUCAUCUGCCCCCCUAAGCAGGGGCUCUUUGCCUCUGUCUCCAAGGUGUCCAAAGCAGCUGAUGCCCCUCCUUCCUCUGUCACCUCCACUCCUCGUACCCCUCGGAUGGACUUCUCCCGCGUCACUGGCAAGGGCCGAAAGGAACGCAAAGCAAAGAAAAAGUCCCCAUCACCCUCCCUGGGCAGCCUCCAACGUGAGGGUGUGAAGGCUGAAGUUGGGGACCAAGUGCUGGUGGCUGGGCAGAAGCAGGGUAUCAUUCGCUUCUAUGGGAAGACAGACUUUGCCCCUGGUUAUUGGUUUGGCAUUGAGCUCGACCACCCAACAGGGAAACAUGACGGCUCUGUGUUUGGGGUCAGGUACUUCACGUGCCCCCCUCGCCAUGGGGUCUUUGCACCUGCAUCCCGCAUACAGAGAAUUGGAGGCUCCACUGAUGCCCCCAAGGACAGCAUUGCGGUCAAGAAAGUCCAAGUGACCAUGACUCAGCCCAAACACACAUUCCCAACUGUCCGGACUCCCAAGGACAUCACAUCAGAAAACUCCAUCUCCAGGUUACUCUUCUGCUGCUGGUUCCCCUGGAUGCUUCGGGCAGAAAUGCAGUCCUAGGAAGCCAAGAGCCGGUGGUGGCCACUGGCCCAGAGGCCCCAAGUACCCCCAGUAUACUCCCCCCACCCAGUACAAUACGUCCCAGCUCUCCCCAAAUAUACCGAUCCCGACUCCCCUCAAUAUACCACCCCCUCCGGAUCAGACCCCAGUUCACACGGGCAUCAGUGUCAGACCCACCCUGUACUCCUCGCUGACCCAGAUCAGCCCCAGACGGCCUGAAAUGACCCCAAAUUGUCCCCUCCCCGCCAUCAUUGGUGAUUCCCCUCAGUGACUCCCUCUAACCCCCAGUGCCUUGAUAUUCACGACUAGCCCCUCCCCUUAGAUAAAUCUCUAUUUUUUAAGACACUACAGCCCCCGGGCCAAGCCCCCCACUCACAUUAGGGCCCCCAACGCCGCCUGGGGUGUCGCUCACUGACCCGCAUGCCUCCUCCCCCCCUCAGCAUGACAUCUCCCCCACCCUGCCUGGCUUCAAUAAAGACGUUUCUAUGGCC